UUGUUCAUAGUGAUAGUCCUAAGGCCUACUUGACUUUGCAGUCCAGGAUGUCUGGCUCUAGGCGGAUUCUUUACCCUCUGAGCCACAAGGGAAGCUCGGUGUCUGCAAAACAGCUCAAAGGAUGUGGCUCAGCCCUGGAGGAGUCACCACAGGUCCUUGACUCUGCUUAGUGGCUAACCUGUGAUUAUUUUGUCUUAUUUGACUGUUUUUCUUUGUUUCUACAUCUUCUCGGUUCUCUGAUUAAAUUUAUCCUUUGACUAAAGCUUCUCUACAGACAAAAGGCAGGUGGAGGAAAUGGCGGGGGGAGCUCCAUCCUGGGAAGCCCCCUCGGGUCCUGCUCAGUUACAGUGGCCGUGAGAGUUGGAAGCGGAGGCUGGAGCUACGGCUCACGUGAUGCCGGGGCCUUCGGUAAGGAACACCUCGUGGUCACUUUGCAAGUGGCCCGCGAGGAGACUGAGCCAACAGCCAAGGGCGGAAGCCAGAAAACAGAAUGCUGCGUGUGUUGGGGCGCUCUGUGUUCGUCGCUCUUGGCCUCGUGUGUACGCGGAAGAGGUGGGGUCGAGAAGGUCCACUUUGCAAACAGAAACGAAAGUGAAUAUGAGCACAUAUUGCAGAAAGGAAAGUGAAUAUGAGCACAUAUUCAGAAAUUCAGAACUUGGCAAAGUCAAAGCUUGGUAACAGAGGCCCAGGGGAACUCCCGUCUGACCUGGGGCAAGUGGGGCAAAGGUCAGGGGAAGGGUCGAGCUGUGUGUCGCGCCCGAGGGCCCUGCUGGCCGCUGCCGGGGCAGAGAAGUGUGAGUGCACGCGGCCCCACACGCUCAAGGCUGUGUCAGCAGCUGGAGGCACGUCUGACGCGGGCUGGCGGCCCUCCUCCACCUGCAGCUUGGCCGACGGGACAGGUGGCCUCCGGGGCUGCUGGGCAAGGGGACGGGAGGGCCAGGCCUGGGUAGUGGGGUGUGUGUGUCCCACCCGCCCACACGCUCCAGCCUGGAAGGGAGCGGGCGCCGUGCACGCCCGUGUCACCUGCCCCGUCUUCCUCUCAUCACAGCCUCACACGCCUCUGGCCUGUGGCCGCAGCCUCCAGGCCCCUCCCCAGCCUGGACGUUCAGGCGUGCCCGCUCCCGGCACGGGGCCCCGCACCUCCCAGCAGCUGGACAUUUGGUUUCUUCUGCCUGGACUGUCACAUGCACAUACCCGCGCAAACACAGCCGUACGCCCACGCAUAUGCAUGCAAAUCCACGUGUACCCACACACACCCCACAUGCACACAUGCCUGUGUGCACACACACGUCUGUCCACACAUGCACACCCACGUGCACACACACACACACACACGCACAUGCACUGUUCAUUCCCCUGGCCUUCUGGGCCUCAGCCUGGAGCUUGCUCACCAGCUGGGCUGAGACCCUCCACAGCGCCCACCGUGGCUCCCACCCCCACCCCGUCUUCCUUCCUCCACACCCCUGGUGAGUCUUCCGCUGUCACUGCCGGCGUUGCCAGCUCUGAGCUGGGCCCUGGUGCCCGGGUGGGUCUGUGGGCUUUGGUGCCGUGGGCAGAGGGGGGCCCGCUGAGUGCACGGGGGUGGGACAGACCGUGGCCUCCAAGCUGACGCUGCAGCUGUUGUGUGGGGUCAGGACUGACCCUGGGGGCCCUGGGACCCCUCACUGGAGGCUGUCAAGGGGUCCCCAGGCUGGGCCACAGGUGUUGGACCUGAGAGUGAGCUCACAGCCCGGAGCUGCUGCCACUCGGACACCAGGCAGCUUGGGGGGCCCUUGGGGGACCCCAGUCCCAGCUUUACUGGAGCCUUCAGCUCCAGGGCUGAGGCCAGGACAGGGGCAGCUGCCGGCAGGUCCAGGGCUCUGACCCUGAGCAGCCCAGUGGCUGUUCUCUGGUGCUGCCUGGGGUCCCCACCCACUCCGGCAUCUUGGUGUCAGGAUCCUUGCAGCCUGGAAGAAACUUGGGCCUGGGUGUGUGUGGGGGCGGCGGUCGCUGAAGCUGUCAGCAGGUGGCAAGGGGUCCUUGCCCAGUCGCUUGCUGUGAGGAGGGGGGUGUGAGGGACCCACAAAGCAGACUUGAGUCCCUGGGGGCUUCUUAGACCUUGCCCCCUGAGGCCCUUGAGCCCCCAGAUGUGUUGGCUUAGACAAGACCCCCAGCCUCGCCAUCCCCAGAGCCGCUCAGAGGUGCCCGACAGGCCGCAGGGGAAGAUGAGCUCUCGGGUGCCUCCCGUGGGGUCUCCCAGCUCCCGGCAGAGGCGAGCAGACGCUGAGGCCACGUGGGCAGGCGGACACCCGGGGCCUGGCUGUGGGGUUGCUGCGUGACCACGACCCCUGAGGCCGCGCAGAGCCUCUGAGCCAGGACCGGGGCCUGGGUAGGCCCGCCUCGCUGCGCUUGUUCCUGGACUGGCGGCUUUCCAUUCGCUCGGGCCAGGAGGGCAGAGGCCACCGGGGCCCACCCUGCCCCUUCCUGCGUGAUGUGGACUUGAAACCCCCCGGUCUGAGCCCGAGUGUUUGUCCUACCGGGUCACUCUGACCGUCUGGAGAGGCGCCCGGGCCGGCAGGACGGAGAGCUGCUGGCCGUGGUACAGAGAUGGGGGCGGUGAGAACCCCUGGUGGGGGCUCUCAGAGGUUGCCCCUUCCUGCCACCAGCCAGGACCCCAGGGCUGCACCCGACAAUAUGCAUCAGCCUACCUGCCCCGCUGCCCUGUCCCGUGUGAGCGCCGCCGACGGGCAGGGAGGGCUGUCCCCGCCGGCUGCGGCCCAUGUCGUCCGUGUCCCCCGAAGCAUGGCCUGUGUGUCCACGGGACAGGAGCCAGUCAGUGCCUGCGGGGGGCAGGCGCCGUGUGCCUUCAGGGACCCCUAUGGCCCCCGAAGCACAGGGGCCGGGGGCGCUGAGGGGGCAGCCCAGCCUCUGCGUCCUGCCCACGAUUGUGAAACUGGGCCAUGUUUCCACACAUACGGAAGGUGUGUCAGUACGCGCAGGUGACAGGACAGACAGCAGGGCCCCCAGGUUCUCAGCAGGCCACGGCCGCCAGCGCACAGCCGUCACCCGCCGGGGUGACCCAGGGCGGGGGGUUACUGGUCGGUGCUGAAGACCCGAGCAGUCGGCAGAUGCCCCCCGGGAAGGAAGAGGCUGGGCUGCCCCCAGCGGGCUCCAGGGGUGGAGCCCAGCAGAGCCUCUGAGCACGGGCUGCCUGCGGGUCUGUCUGCGGGUCUGUCUGUCUGCAGGUCUGUCUGCGGGU